ACCAACCAAAACCAACAUUACUUUCUAUUACUUCAGUAACUCUGCCCGCCAGCAAGUGAGAAACUACAUGUGGUAUCAUAAGCAAACUUAACCAGUUUUAAGUAAACUCAAGAUACACCAUAUACAUAACGUCAAAAUUAUCGUUACUUUAAAUAUAAUAUCAUGACCUACAUUUGUUAAUAAUGCCAAAAUAUAUGACUAAGUCUUGUACGUUAAAACCAAAGCUUAAGUUAUGGAGAUCUUUAUGAAAAUAAAAAUCAAUUUUGUUUGCUACUUACAUGCAACAACCAUCUACGGUUAUUUGAAAUGUUUUCAUUAUUUCUGUUUAAUGAGAGAUGAAAACCGCUCACCUCUCAAUAUAUAAUUUGUAAUUGCAAAUUUUCUAAAUUCGUCUUCCUUUAAUGAAAAUAUGACCGUGACUCUCGCGGGUAAAUCGAUCCGAGCUCCUUUUUAAUUUCAACAGAAACAACGCACAUCUGAAGUAUACACACUGUAAGUUUUUUCUGAGUCUCUUUUUAUCAUUACUGUUGACAAAGUCAUAAUGAAUUUUAAAAAAUCAGAAUGUUUAAAUUGUUUAAAUCAUUUGUAUUUCAAAAGAUUGGUACAUUAGAGUGGAGAAAAGAAUGUUGAACGUAAAGGCUGCACUGGUCCUUACUGUAUUGGAGUUUACUGUGAACGUUUGUAUUGCAUUGACCAAUACCACAGUGUCCUUCGACAAGGAUGCCUGCCAUUUCAGUGAGAGGGCAGUAAGCGAUCAAACCACAUACCAUGUGACUUAUGAUGGUUCGCCAAUAGACCACUUGCUGUGUAGUAUGAUGAAGUUCUAUGGAGGCGAUUCGUCACGUAUCAAUUCUUAUAGAGUCUGUGUAACUCUCCUCUUCUACAAAGACCCGGACUGUGCAAUUUGGUUCGGAUAUAUCCUUACAUUGUCUGAAACAGCGAUCUUUAACUGCACCGUACGGCCACCCUCCACCUACUGUAGCGAGGAUCCCUCUGGGGCCUUCAAAAUACAAAUCAAAGACAACAAUAAAGCCAAUUCUACAGCCAAUGUUAAAUUCAGGAUGAACGUUUUUGGAGAACUAGUCACCAAUUACGUGCUCAUCCUCUCAGGAUCAAUCGGCGGAAGUCUCGGUGGAAUAAUGUUGACGUACACAUUUGUCAAAUUAUUUCUGUACAUUAGAAAGAAAACUAAGUAUUAA